GACGGAAGUCAGCGGGGCCCGCCCCUUCCUCCCGCGUCUGUGGAGCCGCAGCCCCCGUGUCGUAGCCUCGGUGCCCGGCGCGCGGAGCCGGGAUGCACUGCUCCUGCUGUGGGGCCUCAUCAUGGAGACCAAACGGGUGGAGAUUCCCGGCAGCGUCCUGGACGAUCUCUGCAGCCGAUUUAUUUUGCAUAUUCCCAGCGAGGAAAGAGACAAUGCGAUCCGAGUGUGUUUUCAGAUUGAGCUUGCCCAUUGGUUUUACUUGGAUUUCUACAUGCAGAACACACCAGGACUACCUCAGUGUGGGAUAAGAGACUUUGCUAAAGCCGUCUUCAGUCAUUGUCCAUUCUUGCUGCCUCAAGGUGAAGAUGUGGAAAAAGUCCUGGAUGAAUGGAAGGAAUAUAAAAUGGGGGUACCAACAUAUGGUGCAAUUAUUCUUGAUGAGACACUUGAAAAUGUGCUGCUGGUUCAGGGGUACCUAGCGAAGUCAGGCUGGGGAUUUCCGAAAGGAAAAGUCAAUAAAGAAGAAGCCCCUCACGACUGUGCUGCUCGAGAGGUCUUUGAAGAAACCGGCUUUGAUAUCAAAGACUACAUUUGUAAGGAUGAUUACAUUGAACUUCGAAUCAACGACCAGCUUGCUCGUUUGUACAUCAUUCCAGGAAUUCCUAAAGACACAAAGUUUAACCCAAAAACCAGAAGAGAAAUUCGGAACAUUGAGUGGUUCUCCAUUGAGAAGUUGCCCUGUCACAGAAAUGAUAUGACCCCAAAGUCCAAACUUGGUUUGGCUCCUAACAAAUUUUUUAUGGCUAUUCCCUUUAUCAGGCCAUUAAGGGACUGGCUUUCUCGACGAUUUGGUGAUUCUUCAGACAGUGACAAUGGAUUCUCCUCAGCCGGCAGCACACCAGCUAAACCCACAGUGGAAAAAUUGAGUCGAACCAGGUUCCGCCCCAGUCAGCAGCUGUUUCCCGAGGGCUCUCCUGGGGACCAGUGGGUCAGGCCCCGGCAGCCCCUGCCCCAGAGGCCACACAGCGGUCAGCCCGAGCUCUCAGACCUCUUGAAAGCCAAGAAUCCGAGUUCGAGGGGAAAUGGCAGAAAACAGUAUCAGGACUCACCUAAUCCAAAGAGAAGGACCAACGGGGCCCACAGCCAGCCAGCCAAGCAGCAGAGCCCCUUGACGAAAUGUGAAAAGAAGCUGCAUCCACGGAAACUUCAGGAUAACUUUGAAACAGAGGCUGUGUGUGACGCGUCCUGCUCCAGUGAAGACCCGCUGCUGGAACACACCGGGGCGCAGGCCUGCAACGGACACUGCAAGCUCCCCUUUUCCUCCAGAGCCUUCUUGAGUUUCAAGUUCGACCAUAAUGCCAUCAUGAGAAUCCUGGACCUCUGACGGCAGCAGCUCCGAGCUUGGCGGUAGAGCGGGUGUCUCUCAGGCCUUACCUUUCUCAGGUGUCCUAAAGAAACGCAGGGAGGCAUUGUGUGCGCAGAGCAGGGUGUGCACGUCGGCGCAGCUACCGCGUUUGAUGCAGACUUACCUUUGCAGUGUUUGGACAAGUUGUUGUUGUGUGUGUUCUUCGGAGGGCAUUGUUUCUGUGUGUUUGGAUUUUAUGCUGUAUUCGGGUCAAGAAAAUAAGGUUUGAGUCAUCCCCAAGCAGCCGGGUUAAUGGGGUUGCACCAUCUACCCAUUAUAGUGACUGCAACAAUAGUUUACUUUUAUUGAAGAGUUUUUAUAUUGAGAUUUUUAGAGGAAAGACUACGCAAUUCUGAAUGAUAGAGGGGCUGGCAUGUCACAGGUGCCAAGGCCGCAGGCCACUCGUUGGUGGCAGUUGGCUCUUCCUGCUGCUUCCCACCGAGGGUCUGCAGUGCGCCUGGCUUGGGGUUCUGUGGAGAGGGUUGUCUCUCUGCAGCCUGGUGUUGCUGUGCAGAGCGAGCUCUGAGCACACCCGAGGACAGAGUGUGGCGCGGCCGCCAGCAGGCCCGAGCGUGCCUGAGCAGAGUGCGGGGCUGCACCCACGCGUGUCUGGGCCGUGUCUUCCCCUCUGCCUCCCAUCCUGUAGUGUCGUGCAGUGAUUUAUGCUUGUGACAACUUCGUAUCCCAGCGGUGUAAGUGCGCGUGGACAGUGGCCAUCGUCCCGUUUCACACUGCGUCUCCGUGCUGAUCUCUGGAGACUGGCGUGGCGGUGCGUUCUGUGCCGAAGCCCCAGGGACGUGUCUGAAGGGAGGUGUGAGAGUUUCCCCGGGUGGCUCAGCACCAGGGUCAGCUUUGAGGUCCCCCUGGAGUGCACUUCGCUCAGGCAGGAUUCUUCCUGUUUUGAGGAGAGUUUGGACCGUCACUGAGGACAAUCACCGGGCUCUCAGGGGCUUUCGUGUUCCGGGUGCAUCUGACCUCAUUGAACAUACUUCCUGGGGGGAGGUGUGUGCACGUGUGUCUGUGAUGUGAUGUGGGUUUAUAAAUUUUUUGCAAGUGAUGUCUACAAAAUCUCUGCUUGUAAACCCGCAGCCGUCUCUGGUCUGUAGGCAGCCUGGUCUCAGGGCUCUGUGACCCGUGACACUUGAGAGGAGGGCUGUCGUGGGGAAUUCACUUGGCUUUCGUUGCUCAGUGGCAGGUGUCACCCUCGCGGCGCUCACUGCGAUGCAGUUACAGCCGGUUCACCCAGAGUGCGUCUCUGCAUGACGCUGCGUGAGUCCUGUGACCUCUGCUCUUCCAGCACGGUAUGACUGGAGGCUUUUACUGCUCUUCUCAGAAACGUGGCUGCUUUGCGUGGAUCUCCCUGAGCCAUACAUGGAGUUGGACCCAGAAGUCCAGGUUCCUGGAAACUUGUCAAGGGAGUGAAAACUUGGUUUACCUGUCAGAUGAAUUGUUCUCUCGUUUACUGUCAUCUGGAAGCCAUUUGCUUGUUUGUGUUUGUGUUUAAGUGAGUCUUUCUGGUUCUGCUCUCAGUACAAGAGCGAGAGCUGCGAGUUCCCCCGGGUGUGGCCUCUGGCAGCGUGGCAUUCAUUGUAGCAGAUGAGUGGUGGGCACUGAACAGGCACUGGUGGGGUGCAGUUAGGACAGCAGUGGCUUCCAGCUCUCGCGACAUUGAACGUGAGCAGUGUGAAGAAUGGUGAGAGCUGUGUGGUGGACGGAACCGGGCAGGGAACGUGCAGGUCGCAUGGCUGGGGUGCCCCUGCUGCGCCUGCUGCUCCGCGGUGCGCAGCUUACCUUGGGAAGGGCCGCUCUGCACAGAACUGGAUUUCUUGGAGAGCGUGUGGCGUGGUGUGAGGAAAGCAAGCGAGGAUGAAGGAGCGGGCGGGGUGUGCACUUGGGCUGAGCGAGCUCGCGAGGACAGGAGUCGUGUGGGCUCCGUCCUGUCUUUGGAUUCACUUUUUGUAUGUUCUUAUGUUCAAAUUGCAGUGCACUGUGAAUCUUCUGUUUUUUGAAAUUUUGUAGGUGCUUUUAAGUGUAACUUUAAUGAUUUACAAAAUGUUAAUGAAUUGUUUUUAUACUUAACCAUUGUAAUCUAAAAGAUAAGGGUACAGUUUACAUGCUUUCCACCAGUUUUUGUUAAGAAAUAGCAAAUGAGGGAUUUUAGAAUUUCUGAUAGUGACGCCCUCCUGAGAUGGCAUUUGGAGAGCGCUGGAAACCGAAUAGAGCUCCAUCAGCAGGGGUGAAAUCUGACUAAAGAUGUUGGAAAAUUAAGUUGGACUUUUGUAUUAAUAUAUAAAGGAUGAAAUUUCCCAGUGUUGUCAGAGAAAUUGUGGUUGUUUGCUAUUUUGAGCUUUAAAUGUCCUUAUUUUUCUAUUAAAUAUCAAUUAAUAAAUAUAAUGAAGACAUAGCAGAAUUAAUUUUAUGCUGUAAGAUUGAGUUGAUGUUUUCUUGCGAAGCUUCAGUAGUUUGUAUGUAAUA